AUGGUCACACAAGUAAAGGGACUCCCAUUCAGCCACAGCCCCAACCAGUGGAGCGGUCCUGCCACUCAUAUACGGUGUUAUGAAUAUGAUCGUGAGAAGGCCAUUGAUGAGGGAUGGGGGAAAAGCCUGGAGGAUGCCAAUCUGGACUUGGCAGCGCAAGAGAUUGUCAAAAGUAUAUUUCUGAAGAACGGCCAGAUUUGCAUGUCCACCGAUAUAAUGGUCAUUGACUCAAGUGUCGUUGCUGCUACUCUGGGACCCAAGAUCCUCUCCCCGGUGCAAAGAUUGAGCAUCCCUCUAAAGUCAUCUCGCCGGCUGCCGAAGCCAAACUGGGGAUACUGGCGGCGGAUGCCCAAGCCAAGGGAGUGA